ACUCGAAGCUGCCCGUCCAGGGCCGUCCGGGCUGCAACAACACGCUGCACGGCGUCUCCAGGUGACCCAGAGGCCUCAACUAGCAAGAAAACACGUCAGACAAGAAUCCGGGAGGCUGACCGAGGUGGGAGCGCAGUGAAUGCAGAGAUGAACACUGAUAUUCGGAACGGUGUCUACGUCAAGGCGGACUACAAACUCGAAUCUCGAAGGCUUUCGCAUGACUUCGACACCGAUGGUGAGAACGUCAGUGGCCCUUUCUGCAACAGCCAUAACGCGAGCAGAAUGGACCGAGCGGCCUGCCCCGAAGCUGCGAAGCCGCGUAACCAACUAGAAAAUGGUCACGUCUAUAGCAACGUAGGCGUCAUCUCGUGCAACGAUCGCGACUACGCAGCGGACGAUGGCCGUGCCUCGAGGAGAGCAAGUGUCGACUACUACAGGAAUGUAGAAGAGUUCCGUAAAGACAGUAUCGUCUGUUACUCGGACAACAGCGCAGCCGUAACCGACGAGAACUUGAACGAGCCUACCACGUUGCGUCUGAAACCGAACACUGUCGGAGACGACGAUGAACACUCAUCUUCCUCAAGCAGCAGGCAAAAGCGCAUCUUUGGGACGUCUCACGAAGAAUCGCUGCUGAGUAUCUUCAAGCAGGCGGUAGUGCCUUUCUUUCUUGGCGGACUCGGCACGGUGUUUGCGGGCCUUAUUCUUGACACGGUUCAGUUCUGGCCGCCGUUCCAGCAAGUCACCGAGCUGUUCAUCGUGGUACCUCCGCUUCUAGGCCUCAAGGGCAAUCUGGAGAUGACGCUAGCAGCCAGGCUGUCGACGCAAGCCAACCUGGGGAACAUGGACACGCCGAGGCAGGUGUGGGACAUUGCUCUCGGAAACAUGGCUCUCGUUCAGUGCCAGGCGUGCGUGCUUUCCCUGCUGUCCUCGGUGUUCGCGAUCGUCAUGGGCCUGGCCUCCGACGACGCCUUCCGGCUCGACCAAGCGCUGUUUGUGGCAGCAUCCAGCAUGGCUACCGCCGCCGUCGCCAGCUUCCUACUAGGAACAGUGAUGGUUCUGGUGGUUGCGUAUUCCGGCCGCUGCCGCAUCAAUCCGGACAAUGUGGCCACAUCAGUGGUGGACGCACUUGGCGACAUGACCACAUUGGCCAUCUUGGCUGGUUUCUCCACACUCCUACAUGGACAAAUAGCACGGCCCUGGAUAGCCAGUGUGUUCGGCGCUGCUUUGGUGGUCGUGUGCCCCGCGUGGGUGUGCCUGGCGCGUGGCCACCCGACCUCUAGGAAGGUGCUGGCCGUCGGCUGGUGGCCAAUCAUCGUCGCCAUGAUCAUCUCCAGCAUCGGCGGCUACAUUCUCGACCUGGCCGUCACCCACUUCAGCGGACUGGUCGUGUUUCAACCCGUCAUCAACGGGGUCAGCGGCAACUUGGCGGCCAUCCACGCCAGCCGGCUGUCGACGCUCUUCGCGCAGCGCUCCGAGCUCGGCUGGCAUCCGGAGGACGACAAGCGCCACUGCGUCGACCCGCUCAAGGGCCUCUGCGGGCGCAAUCGGCAAGCGCGGGUGUCCCAGCUCCUCCUGCUGCUCUCCAUCCCAGGUCACGUGCUGUUCGUGCUGCUCAUCUUCGCGAUCAGCGACGCCCACGUCCGCCUCACCGUAGGGCUGGUGCUCUCCUACCUGGUCGCCUCCGUCGUGCUGCUGACCGUUCUGCUGUACCUGGCCCGCUGUGGCGCCUACUGGAUGUGGCGGCGCAAGAUCGACCCGGACAACGCGCUCAUUCCGCUUCUGACGGGUUUCGGGGACCUGUGCGGCACCGGUUUCCUGCUGCUCGCGUUCCUCUUUCUCGAGAACAUCCAAGACCCAAGCGUCGCUGGAUUCGUCGGCCACCACGUAUCGCCGCUGGCCUCCAACGACACCGCCCUGGCCGCCAUCUGAACUUCGGUGCCACUUGAGCGGAUGUGCUUGCAACUGCUACGCGCGCGUCUGCCUGGCUGUCGCCCUGGUCCCGCGGGAAGGGUCCCAAGUCGACUUCUUUCGCGCCUCAUGCGCGCAUUCAUGGUGCCCGUUGGAACCGAUAGGAGAGCGCAGUUCGCUCCUCCCCAACGCCGCCUGCGUUUCGACAGUGUGUCAGUCUCGCACGGCUGUGCAACCACAACGCUACGUAAACACGCGCCAAAGGAACUGCAGUGGCAGUACCGUAACUCCAAGUGUACGCACCGAAGCGAAUUCACAGUGCUGAACGAGAUAGUGCCGCUACUUCCGCAUUUCAAAACAAAUUCUAUGACAGAGCCUGUUCCCGCAGCCUUACGAAUAACAGUUUUUUUUUUCAUAACUUAACAAUAAGACGGCGAGCUGCUUAAAGGGCCCCUCACCAGGCCCCAUAGCAAAUUUUGGUUAUACACUGGAAGUUGUUACGUGUCCUCUAGGGAGCGUUCUGUCACAAGCAUUUUUGAAAUCGGUUGAUUAAUAGCUGCGAUAGAAAUAUUUCAGUGCCGCGAACCUAUGAUUUCAGAAGGCGAGCUCCACUGCAUAGCGAGACGCUCACUCCACUCGCCCUGUCUAGCCACCGUAAGCGAAGUUCCUUCCCUGCGUUCUCCCAUACCGGACCUCGAGGACCGCGUGACGCAUAUGUCAAGGGCCCCGCCUUCAUUUUUUUAUUCUCUUCGCUUUCUAUUUUUCUUUUGCGGCGCUGCGCCCGAGCUGUUGGGAUUGGUUUCAAGCAGCGCACGAAUUAGCGCGCUGUGCGCAAGGGCGCAUGACUAGCGGUAUAAUUCAGUGCAACACCAAUACUGAGGCAGAGCAAGCGGAUCCCAGAACAUGAUCACGCGCUGGAGCACGGUAGAAGAUGGCAUAGUUUCGGUACCUGCGCGUGUGACUGCACGACCGUGGGAACAAGCAGACGAAGCGGAAGUACAUCUCUCUUGCUUCAGUGCGAAGUAAAACAAAAAAACACGCAGAGAUUCCGUUUGUGUGUUCUAUUGUUUCUCUAAAAUUCAAUUCGUCAAUUCAAACACCAUAUCACACAAAUAAAAGAUGUCGCCUAGAAUAAUUCUCAAAGUAACUUGUCACGACGAGCAACGUCACACUGCGGACACGACUACGUAGGCGCAGGGACGCGACUACGUCAUCGUCCGGCUUGGAGCGCGGUCGCCGCGAAGGAAAGGGAAAAUGGCGUUCGGAUUGAAAUUUCAGAUUUUUCUAUGGCGCGUAGCGAUGUAAUUCUUUGCAAACACGAUCGCUAGCGCGCAUUGUAUGUUCUGCGCUAGUCAGCGCAAUAUGGCCAGACCUGGUGAGGGGCCCUUCAAAAGAACGGGGGAAGGUGGUGGUUGCUAAGGUCUGUGAUGAGAACAGUGUCAAUUUUUCAUGCACGAAAUACGGUGUCAUAUGAUAUGCUUGCUCAACUGGCGAGACUAAGUGGCACACUCCAAUUCUGAGACCGUGUCGUGGCGAGCACGUUGGCCGAUGCAAAGCCGCGCAGACAGUUGUACCACUUGCACAGACAACUUGCAUGCUUUUAAACGUAGCGCAACCUGCAUCGUUCAGUCACCUCUAAGAAAAAUAUAUAUACGGCAGCAUAUGGAUUAAAAACCGGACUAUAUGACGUUAACUGUGAUAGUAGUAAGACGACUCAUUGCCAGUUUCGAACGAUGAGACCUAUCUCGAAACAAAGAACGCGUCGUUAUCUCUUGUUGGGCAUUGUUAGUGGUCUCAUAAAAUAUAUACAGUAGUGUCGACCGUGUGUUCAAGUGAGAAAGGAAGAUCUGGAAUGUUGAAACACUUCAGCCUUGGUAUCCUUCCAUUUGUACCUGCACGUAGUAGCGUACCAUAUAUUUACAACAUAAGAGCUGAAAGCUUACUGCCCACUCAUACUUUAGGUUGCGCACACGGACGAAAGAAUCACUAGACGCCUUCACUUGAAGCCCAUGUUUGACUUUAUGAAAAUGUCGCCUGACGUGAACGCGUCGAAAGAAACGGGCCCGCACGCCACGCGUCAUCUACAUCUCCCUCGAGCGUCCCAAAUCAACACAAAGCACUCUGUCCUGCAUUCUUCUUUCAGUCCUGUGUCAUGCUAUAAUAAAUUUUCCUUGACAGACA